AGAAAGAUUUUGAGGUUAGUUUUGUUAGUUAGAUUUAGAUGUUGAGGUUAGUUUGGUGUGAUUUUCACGUGUUGUAAUCAUGUUGUGAACUUAGUGAUUUUUAUUUACUAGAUAAGUGUUAUGAAAAUCGUAGAUUUUUCAAUUUUUCCCAAUUAAUGACCUUAUUCUUCUUAAUCAAAUGUUUAAUACCGGUUGUAAAAAAAUGAAGACAUCCUGGAAUGACAUUACUCCAAAGCUUUCUACUACCACUUUAAAAGCUGUUGAAGAUUUGGGUUUCACAAGCAUGACACCUGUGCAAGCCAGUUGUAUACCAUUAUUUUUAAAAAAUAAGGACGUUGCAGCUGAAGCAGUCACUGGUAGUGGCAAAACUUUGGCUUUCCUUAUCCCGUUGUUGGAAAUUAUGAAAAGAAGAAAUGAAACGUGGAAAAAGCAUGAAAUAGGGGGGAUUAUUAUAUCUCCCACUCGUGAGUUGGCGUUGCAAACUAAAGGAGUUCUUGAUCAUUUCCUUAAUCAAGAUGACUCGAAUUUCAUAUCCUUAUUUGCGGUUGGUGGUAACAGUGUACUCAAAGAUGUUGACAGUUUCAAAAAGAACGGAGCCAAUGUUAUUAUAGCUACGCCAGGAAGACUUGAAGAUUUAUUUACGCAUGCAGAUAUCAAUUUACCUUUGGCUGUAAAAUCUUUGGAAGUUUUAGUAUUGGAUGAAGCUGAUAGGUUAUUAGAUUUGGGUUUUGAGAAAACAUUGAACACAAUAUUCCAGUACCUGCCUAAACAACGAAGAACUGGACUUUUUUCUGCUACUCAAACUAAAGAAGUAGAAAUGCUGAUUAGGGCAGGACUAAGAAAUCCUGUUGCAGUUUCGGUAAAGCAAAAGAAUGACUCUACUAAUUCUCUUUCAACUCCUUUGAAUCUACAUAAUUAUUAUUUUACUGUUGAAGCUAAUGACAAACUUGACGCUCUAGUGAAUUUUAUCAAGACAGAAGGUUACAAUAAAAAAUACAUUUUAUUCAUGUCAACUUGUGCGUGUGUGGAUUACUUUUCAAUAGUCAUUAAAAAAAUUCUCAGUGGUCUAAAACUAUUCUUCAUUCACGGUAAAAUGAAAAAUAACAGGUACAAAGUUUUUGAAAGUUUCAAAUCAGCUGAAGAUGGAAUGAUGAUAUGUACCGAUGUGAUGGCACGUGGAAUUGACAUUCCAGACAUUGAUUGGGUUAUUCAAUACGAUCCGCCGUCAUCUGCUUCUCAGUUUGUUCACAGGUGUGGAAGGACCGCUCGCAUCGGCAAUGAAGGAUCUGCUCUCCUAUUCCUUUUGCCAAAUGAAGAGGCUUAUUUGGAUUUCAUCCAACGGAAUCAGAAGACACAACUUUCAUGUUUGCCUGAUAGUAAAAAAUUGUUCCGCAAGAGUGACAAGACUUUUAGAGCAGUUCAGAAAAUGCAGCUUCAAGAUAGGGAUGUAUUUGAUAAAGCAAACCGUGCAUUUGUUUCUUAUAUCCAGGCCUAUGGAAAGCAUGAGUGUAGCAUAGUUCUCCGUGUGAAAGAUUUACAAUUUGGUAGGCUUGCAACUGGCUUCGGUUUAUUAAGACUCCCAAAAAUGCCUGAAUUGAAAAAUAAAACUAUUACAGACUUUACCCCUUUUGAUGUAGACUUCAAUUCAAUUGCCUACAAGAAUAAACAAAGAGAGGUCUCGCGGCAAGAAAAACUGGAGCAAUACAAAACGACUGGCUCAUGGCCUGGUAAACCAGCAAAACAUCGGACGGCAUCGGUACCCUGGUCGCUGAACAAGCAAAUGAAAGCCGAUCAACAGGAAAAACGCAAUAAGAAAAAGGAGUACAGGAAACGCAAAGCUGAAGAGGGAAAACAAAAGGCUAAGAAGAAGAGGAAAGCAGUGUCUCAAGAGGAGAUCGAUGAACUCAUGAAGGACGUUGCAAUGAUAAAAAAGUUCAAAAAGAAGAAAAUUACUGAAGAACAGUUCAACAAUGAAUUUGACACCGGUAUCAGUUAAGUAAAGAAUUUUGUUUUAUUAAAAAUACAUUUUAUUUUUUCAAAUCUUGAUCUAUUCUUGAUCUACCAUAUUGACUAACAAGAUGGUGAGUCUAUGCUGAGUUGUUACAAAUUUCUGAAAGGAACCUCAAUUAAAUUACAUUUAAAUAUUAAUAUUCAACUUACCCAAUCAAUUAUCACCCACUGUGAAUUUUGCAAAUAAAAAUCUAUUACAUUUCAAAA